GAAGAUUGAUUCACUUCUACAUUUUUUGUAGUAAUUCUCCUUGCUUUGCUGUUGUUUUAGUGCUAUCAUUAUCAAGUUCCUCUUUGAGACUCGACAUCUGGAAUGAGAGUAAACGCAGGGUUCUGAUCUGAAGCGGCUUUGGAAGGAGCCACCAUAAGUUUGAGUGUAACGAUCUCUUUUGUGCAAGGGCUUCAAGAUGAAGGUGAAAAUGCUGAGUAGGAAUCCGCACGAUUAUAUUCGUGAGCGUAAGCAGGAUCUUCAUCAUGUACCAAGGAACCCAGAUCCUGCUCUGCAUCCGUUCGAAGAAGCUAGGGAAUAUACGCGUGCUCUGAAUGCUACGAAGCUGGAGCGAGUAUUUGCCAAGCCUUUUGUUGGUGACUUGCAAGGCCAUACGGACGGUGUAAGUUGUUUUGCCAAGCAUCCCAUGCGCUUGAGCUGUUUAGUAUCUGGAGCCUGUGAUGGAGAGAUCCGCGUGUGGGACCUGUCAACGCGACAGUGUACAACGGCGUUUGGGGCGCAUUCUGGCUUUGUUCGCGGAAUGUGUGUAGCACCGUCCGGUGAAAGCCUGUUGUCAGUGGGUGAUGACAAAAUCAUAAAACGCUGGUCUCUCGCAGCUACCACACAGAGUCAUGGUGAGACUACUAGUAUGGAGCCAACACAUACUAUUCUUGGUAAAGCCCCGUUCACGUCCAUAUCACACCACUAUCAGCAGCCGUUUUUCGCCACAUCUGGUAACCAGGUGGACAUCUGGGACGAGGAGCGGUCUGAACCGGUCCGGUCAUUCACCUGGGGGUGCGACACGGUAGCGAAUGUGCGCUUCAGCCCGGUGGAAGUCGACAUCUGCGCAAGUUGUGGAUCAGACCGUAGCAUCGUGCUGUACGACGCACGCGGAUCCACUCCGCUGCGAAAGGUCGUACUGGCAAUGAAGAGCAACUGCAUUGCAUGGAACCCAAGAGAAGCAUUCAACUUCACUGCCGCCAAUGAAGAUGGCAACCUAUACACGUUUGAUAUGCGGAAACUUGACUUUCCAUUGAAUGUUCACACGGAUCAUGUCUCAGCAGUGAUGGACAUAGACUACUCCAGGACGGGGAGAGAAUUUGUUUCGGCCAGCUAUGACAAGACCAUCCGUAUAUAUUCGAUACAGGGCGGCCACAGUCGGGAAGUCUACCACACCAAGCGCAUGCAGCGUGUCUUCACCGUGUGCUGGUCAUCUGACGGGAAGUUCAUUGCAUCCGGCAGUGACGAAAUGAACGUCCGGCUGUGGAAGGCGAAAGCAUGGGAAAAACUCGGACCAGUGGCAGCAAGGCAGCGGGCAGCUCUGGUGGAAAGCGAGAAGCUGAAGGCGAAGUAUAGCAGUCAUCCGCAGAUCAAGCGGAUACAGCGUCAUCGCCACGUUCCUCGCCUUAUAUACUCUGAGUCUAAGAAGAAGAAGGAAAUGCUGAGCAAGAUGAAGCGAAAGGAUGAGAACGUCCGUCGUCAUACCAAGGCUUCUAAGCGCAGGCCUCGCCAGCCGGAGCGAAAGAAGCACACUGUAGGUACAGUUGAGUAACGUCUGAGAAGCAGUCUCGACUGAAGGAUUGGCUACUUGGAGAUCACUGUCAGGCAGUUAACUUUAGAUAAUAUGUGUGCGUGCGUGUGCGUGCGUGUGUGCAUGAUGUGUCUGUGUGUGUGCAUGUGUGUACUGUGAGAAGUGGACCGGUUUCCGCACCUUGCGUUGGUGCUUUUGCUCCAGCUUGCAUGUUCCCGUGCAAACAGGUCUGGCAUUCUUUUUUUUUUCCAGUGCUGAUCUUCCUAAAGUACAAGUACUACUGUAGUACAGAAUUGUGUGUCAGUUACUUGCUGGUGCUACUCCUGUGAUGUCUGCGGUUAUCCAGCAGAACAUUGCAUUGUACUGUCCCUGUGACUUGGUCAGUGACGAGGUUGAAUAUAAUGGUGUGCUUGGCAUGUUGCUGCGAGCGAUUUUCCUGCUUGGCCUUCGUUACUUCCAUAUUCAACUUAUUUGUGUAUAAUACAGAGGUUAAGAUGCACACUAG